UCUCCCGAAGAGAAACGCGGGGGGAGGGGGGUGCAGCGAGCCGCUCCUCUCUGUCCUCCCCCCCCCCCCGGCUCCGCUCGCGCCCCGGUUGUAAUGAGGGUCACUCCCUCCCCCCCAGCUGGCCCGGGAGGGGGCGCGGGGCACGGUUGAUGCCAGCCCAGUAUGGAUCAGACCUGUGAACUAUCUAGAAGAAAUUGUCUGCUGUCUUUUUCUAAUCCAGUGAAUUUAGAUGCCCCUGAAGACAACGACAGCCCUUUCGGUAAUGGUCAAUCCAAUUUUUCUGAGCCACUUAAUGGGUGUACUAUGCAGUUAUCGACUGCCAGUGGAACAUCCCAAAAUGCUUAUGGACAAGAUUCUCCAUCUUGUUACAUUCCACUGCGGAGACUACAGGAUUUGGCCUCCAUGAUCAAUGUAGAGUAUUUAAGUGGGUCUGCUGAUGGAUCAGAAUCCUUUCAAGACCCUGCAAAAAGUGAUUCAAGAGCUCAGUCGCCAGUUCCUUGCACUUCCUUGAGUCCUGGUGGGCCAACAGCACUUGCUAUGAAACAGGAACCCUCUUGUAAUAACUCCCCUGAACUACAGUUAAAAGUAACAAAGACGAUCAAGAAUGGCUUUCUGCACUUUGAGAAUUUUACUUGUGUGGACGAUGCAGAUGUAGAUUCUGAAAUGGACCCAGAACAGCCAGUCACAAAGGAUGAGAGUAUAGAGGAGAUCUUUGAGAAAACUCAGACCAAUGCCACCUGCAAAUAUGAGCCUAAAUCAGAAAAUGGUGUAGAAGUGGCCAUGGGAAGUGAACAAGACAGCACACCAGAGAGUAGACAUGGUGCAGUCAAACCGCCAUUCUUGCCAUUAGCUCCUCAAACUGAAACACAGAAAAAUAAGCAAAGAAGUGAAGUGGACGGAAGCAAUGAAAAACCAGUCCUUCUCCCAGCCCCCCUUUCACUAGGAGAUACAAACACUACCGUAGAAGAGCAAUUUAACUCAAUAAAUUUAUCUUUUCAGGAUGAUCCAGACUCCAGUACCAGUACAUUAGGAAACAUGCUAGAAUUACCUGGGACUUCAUCGUCAUCUACUUCACAGGAAUUGCCAUUUUGUCAACCGAAGAAAAAGUCUACACCACUGAAAUACGAAGUUGGAGAUCUCAUUUGGGCAAAAUUCAAGAGACGCCCAUGGUGGCCCUGCAGGAUUUGCUCUGAUCCGUUGAUUAAUACGCACUCAAAAAUGAAAGUUGCAAACAGGAGGCCCUAUCGAGAGUACUACGUGGAGGCUUUUGGAGACCCUUCUGAAAAGGCCUGGGUGGCUGGAAAAGCAAUCGUCAUGUUUGAAGGCAGGCACCAAUUUGAAGAACUACCUGUCCUUAGGAAAAGAGGGAAGCAAAAAGAAAAAGGAUACAGGCAUAAGGUUCCUCAGAAAAUUUUGAGUAAAUGGGAAGCCAGUGUUGGCCUUGCUGAACAGUAUGAUGUUCCCAAAGAAUCCAAGAAUCAAAAAUGUUCCAUCAAGUUGGACAGUGAGGAGGAUAUGCCAUUUGAGGACUGUACAAACGAUCCUGAGUCAGAACCUGACCUGUUGCUUAAUGGCUGCUUGAAAUCUUUGGCUUUUGAUUGUGAACAUUCUGCAGAUGAAAAGGAAAAGCCUUGUGCUAAAUCUCGAGCUAGAAAGAGCUCUGAUAAUCCCAAAAGGACUAGUGUGAACAAAGGUCUUAUGCCAUUUGAAGUACAUAAAGAGGAACGGAGGGGAAAGAUUCCAGAGAACCUUGACCUGAACUUUAUCUCUGGAGAUGUCCCUGAGAAACAGGCUUCUAAUGAACUUUCUAGAAUAGCAAACAGCCUCACAGGAUCCAGUACUGCUGCAGGAAGUUUCCUUUUUCCUUCUCAUGGACAAAACAUUGCAAAGACGGAAUUUGAGACUUCAAAUUGUGAUUCUUUAUUGGGCUUAUCUGAUGCUGCUUUGAUCUCUAAGUGUUCUGGGGAGAAAAAGAAACGCCAGCCAAGCCUACUAUGUGGUUCAAAAAUGCAGCUCUGCUAUAUUGGAGGUGAUGAUGAGGAAAAGCGAAGUGAUUCUGUUAGUGUUUGUACCACGUCUGAUGAUGGAAGCAGUGAUCUGGAUCCUAUAGAACAUAGCUCAGAGUCUGAUGGCAGUGUCCUUGAAAUUACAGAUACUUUUGAUAGAACAGAGAGUAUGCUAUCCAUGCAUAAAAAUGAAACAAUGAAGUAUUCUAGGUAUCCUGCCACAAACACUAGGGUUAAAGAAAAAGAGAAGACUGUCAUUACUAAUUCACAUACAGACCACUCAAUGGAUUCUCCUAAGACAGUUGAGCCCAGAACUGCUGAGAUGUCUCAGGUUAAUCUCUCUGAUGUUAAAGUUUGUACUCCUUCACCCAAACCCCAAUCAGAAUUUAGGAAUGAUGGUCUCUCUUCAAAAGUCAACACAGAAUCAGGUAUUUCUAGUGAAAACUCACUAAUAAAGGAUGGGACUACAAAUCAAGCUCUUUUAUCUUUGAAAAGCAAGCAGGCCAAGUUCAGAAGUAUAAAGUGCAAACAUAAAGAAAACCCUGUUGUGGCAGAACCUGUUACAAAUGAGGGCCGCAGUUUGCAAUGUUACUCUUCUGAUACCAAAGGCUCUCAUUUGGACAGCAUUUCCAAAAGUGGGAAAGUAGAUGGGCUAAAACUACUGAACAAUAUGCAUGAGAAAACCAGGGAUUCAAGUGACAUAGAAACUGCAGUGGUGAAACAUGUUUUGUCAGAAUUGAAAGAACUCUCCUACAGGUCUUUAAGUGAGGAUGUUGGUGAUUCUGGAUCGUCAAAACCAUCAAAACCAUUACUAUUUCCCUCUAGUCAGAAUCAUAUUCCUAUUGAACCAGAUUACAAAUUUAGUACAUUGCUAAUGAUGCUGAAAGACAUGCAUGAUAAUAAGACAAAGGAGCAGCGCUUGAUGACUCCUCAAAAUCUGGUCUCUUACCGGAGUCCUGAUCGAGGAGAUUGCUCUACCAGUAGUCCUGUGGGGACAUCCAAGGUUUUGGUUUUAGGAGGUUCCACCCAUAAUUCAGAAAAAAAUGGAGAUGGCACUCAGGACUUGGUCAGGCCUAGCCCUAGAGGGGGCGACUCUACAUUGUCUGGGGAACUGUCUUCUUCCCUAUGUGCUUUAACUUCCGAUAGAAGAGACCUCCCUGCUUUGGGAAAAAAUCGGUUAAACUGCAUUACUAGGCGCAACUUUGGCAGAGCAAAGCUGUCAUCCAAAUUGAGAGAUGUGGUUUCAGCACCCAUGGCAAAGAAUACUAUGAACCCAAAAGCCUUAAGGACAGAGCGCAAAAGAAAACUGAACCGUCUUCCAGCUGUGCCUCUUGAGGCAACACUGCCUAGCGACAAAGACAGUGGAGGGUCAGGGAAUGGCCCAUCAAGGGGUGGAGCAGAAGACCCUAGUAAAGAGGAGCCCCUUCAAUUAAAGAGUCAUUUAACAAGGGAAGACACCCAAAUUUCUGAUAACAAUGUUAAAAUUCUUGACAAAGAAUCUUUUGAGAAAGAAAAGGGUCCAGGGCGGGGGUCUGAAAUGAACAGUGGGAAUGAUGAACUCAAUGGUAUAAGUCGCGUGGUGCCUAAAAAGCGAUGGCAGCGAUUAAACCAAAAGCGCUCUAAACCUGGAAAGCGCACUAACAGAUAUAGGGAAAAAGAAAACUCUGAGGGUGCCUUUGGGGUCUUGCUUCCUGCUGAUACUAUACCGAAAGCAAGGGAUGAUUACCCAGAGCAUAGAACUGCUCCUACAAGCAUACUAGAGGACUCACCAGCAGAUGCGAAUCAUGCAACCCACUCAGAUUCAGUUGAUCCAGGGUUAAAUGUUUGUGAUAAAUCUAGUGCCAGUGUGGAAAAUAUGGAAAAGGAGCCAGCAAUUCCUAGUUUGACACCACAGGGCAAACUCCCUGAACCAGCUGGGCGGUCUGAAAAGAAACGCCUUAGGAAGCCAAGCAAAUGGCUUCUGGAAUAUACAGAAGAAUAUGAUCAGAUAUUUGCUCCUAAGAAAAAACAAAAGAAGAUACAGGAACAAGUUCAUAAGGUAAGUUCCCGCUGUGAAGAGGAAAACCUAUCCCGAUGUCGAGCUAAUGCUCAGAACAAACAGGUGGAUGAGAAUUCUUUGAUUUCAACUAAAGAAGAGCCUCCAGUUCUUGAAAGAGAGGCUCCUUUUUUGGAAGGGCCCUUGGCUCAGUCAGAUCUUGGAGGUGGACAUGCUGAGUUGCCACAGCUGACCUUGUCUGUGCCUGUGGCUCCAGAAGUCUCCCCGCGGCCUGCCCUUGAAUCUGUGGGAUUGCUUGUUAAAACAUCAGGAAACUAUGAAAGUAAGCGUCAAAGAAAACCAACUAAGAAACUCCUUGAAUCCAAUGAUUUAGACACUGGAUUUAUGCCCAAGAAGGGAGAGUUGGGCCUUUCUAAAAAGUGCUAUGAAGCUGGCCACUUGGAGAAUGGCAUUGCCAACUCAUGUUCUGUGUCUCAUCUGAAAGAGUUUGGUAGAGGAACUACUAAGGUCUAUGACAAACCAAGGAAGCGAAAACGACAGAGACACGUAAUGGCCAGAAUGCAGUGUAAAAAGAUGAAAAAUGACUCAUCAAAGGAGACUCCAAACUCAGAGGGAGAACUGCUGACUCACAGAACUGCUGGAAGCCCCAAGGAAACUCUUGAAGACAGUGUAGAAAACGAUUCUGGAAUGUCUGUCUCCAAAAAAUUGCAGGGUGAACGAGGUGGAGGAGCAGCACUCAAGGAGAAUGUUUGUCAGAAUUGUGAAAAACUGGGUGAAUUACUGUUAUGUGAAGCUCAGUGCUGUGGUGCUUUCCACCUUGAGUGCCUUGGCUUAACUGAGAUGCCCCGAGGAAAAUUUAUCUGCAACGAAUGCCGCACAGGAAUCCAUACCUGCUUUGUAUGUAAGCAGAGUGGCGAAGAUGUUAAAAGGUGUCUUCUGCCCUUAUGUGGCAAGUUUUACCAUGAGGAGUGUGUCCAGAAGUAUCCACCAACUGUUAUGCAGAACAAGGGUUUCCGGUGCUCCCUCCACAUCUGUAUAACCUGUCACGCUGCUAAUCCAGCCAGUGUUUCUGCUUCUAAAGGUCGACUGAUGCGCUGUGUCCGCUGCCCUGUGGCAUAUCAUGCCAAUGACUUUUGCCUGGCUGCUGGAUCAAAAAUUCUUGCAUCUAACAGUAUCAUCUGUCCUAAUCACUUUACCCCUAGGCGGGGCUGCCGAAAUCAUGAACAUGUUAAUGUCAGCUGGUGUUUUGUGUGCUCAGAAGGAGGGAGCCUUCUUUGCUGUGAUUCUUGCCCUGCUGCGUUUCAUCGUGAAUGCCUAAAUAUUGAUAUUCCUGAAGGAAACUGGUACUGCAAUGAUUGUAAGGCAGGCAAAAAGCCACACUACAGGGAGAUUGUCUGGGUAAAAGUUGGACGAUACAGGUGGUGGCCCGCUGAGAUCUGUCAUCCUCGUGCUGUUCCCUCUAACAUUGAUAAAAUGCGACAUGAUGUCGGUGAAUUCCCUGUCCUCUUCUUUGGGUCUAAUGACUAUCUCUGGACCCAUCAGGCACGAGUCUUUCCUUACAUGGAAGGGGAUGUGAGCAGCAAGGAUAAGAUGGGCAAAGGAGUGGAUGGGACAUACAAAAAAGCUCUUCAGGAAGCUGCAGCAAGAUUUGAAGAGCUAAAGGCCCAGAAGGAGCUAAGACAGCUGCAGGAAGAUCGAAAGAAUGACAAGAAGCCUCCACCUUAUAAACACAUAAAGGUCAAUCGUCCUAUUGGCAGGGUACAGAUCUUCACUGCAGACCUGUCAGAAAUUCCCCGUUGCAACUGUAAAGCUACAGAUGAGAAUCCCUGUGGGAUAGACUCCGAGUGCAUCAACCGCAUGCUGCUCUACGAGUGCCACCCCACAGUGUGUCCUGCGGGGGCGCGCUGUCAGAACCAGUGCUUCAGCAAGCGCCAGUAUCCAGAGGUUGAAAUUUUCCGCACAUUACAGAGGGGCUGGGGUUUACGGACAAAAACCGAUAUUAAAAAGGGUGAGUUUGUGAAUGAAUACGUCGGUGAGCUAAUAGAUGAAGAAGAGUGCAGAGCUCGAAUUCGCUAUGCCCAAGAGCAUGACAUUACAAAUUUCUACAUGCUCACCCUGGAUAAGGACCGAAUUAUUGACGCUGGUCCCAAAGGAAAUUAUGCUCGAUUCAUGAAUCACUGUUGCCAGCCCAACUGUGAAACACAGAAGUGGUCUGUGAAUGGGGAUACUCGGGUUGGCCUUUUUGCCUUAAGUGACAUUAAAGCAGGAACUGAACUCACCUUCAAUUAUAACCUAGAAUGUCUUGGGAACGGGAAGACUGUUUGCAAAUGUGGAGCCCCAAACUGCAGUGGUUUCUUGGGUGUGAGACCAAAGAAUCAACCCAUUGUUACCGAAGAAAAGUCAAAGCGAUUUAAGAAGAAGCAACAGGGGAAGCGCAGGAGCCAGGGCGAAGUCACGAAGGAGAGAGAGGACGAGUGUUUCAGCUGUGGGGAUGCUGGCCAGCUCGUCUCCUGCAAGAAGCCGGGCUGCCCAAAAGUGUACCAUGCCGACUGUCUCAAUCUGACCAAGCGACCAGCAGGAAAGUGGGAGUGUCCUUGGCACCAGUGUGAUGUCUGUGGGAAGGAAGCAGCCUCCUUCUGUGAGAUGUGCCCCAGCUCCUUUUGCAAGCAGCAUCGGGAAGGGAUGCUCUUCAUUUCCAAGCUCGAUGGGCGUCUGUCUUGUACUGAACAUGAUCCUUGUGGACCCAACCCUUUGGAACCAGGGGAGAUCCGUGAGUAUGUACCUCCACCAGUGCCUCCAAGCCCCAGCACUCAUCUGGAAGAGCAGUCAUCAGGAAUGCCUACUCCUGGGCCCAAGAUGUCAGAGAAGCCGCCUACUGAUGCCAACCACAUGCUGCCCCUCUCCAAAAAAACCCUGACAGGCUCUUAUAAGAGGCCACUACUACCUGAAAGACCUCUGGAGAGAACUGAUUCUAGCUCCCAGCUUUUAGAUAGAGUCAGAGACCUUGUUGGGUCAGGGACCAAAUCCCAAUCCUUGUUAUCUAGCCAGAGGUCACUGGACAGGUCACCUGCAGUAGAAGGGCCACGACCUCAGCUAUCUGACAGAGCCUCUCCAAUUACCAACCCAAGCUCUUCACCCUCAGUCCGGUCCCUACCACUGGAAAGACCUCUGGGAAUAACUGAUCAAAGGCUGGAUAAAUCCAUUGGUGCUGCCAGCCCCAGGCCCCAGUCACUGGAGAAAACCCAAACCUCUACUGGACUGAGACUUUCCCCAUCAGACAGACUGCUAGCCACCAGUAGUCCCAAGCCCCAGAAUCCUGAAAGGUCUGCAGACAAAUCCCAUGCCUCUUUGUCCCAGAGACUUCCACCUGCUGAGAAGGUACUAUCAGCUGUGGUCCAGUCCCUGGUAGCUAAAGAAAAAGCACUGAGGCCUGUGGACCAAAAUACUCAAUCAAAAAACAGAGCUGCUUUGGUGAUGGAUCUCAUAGACCUAACUCCUCGACAGAAGGAGCGAUCCACUUCUCCUCAUGAGGUGACAUCACAGGCUGAGGAGAAAAUGCCAGUGCUGGAAUCAAGCUCAUGGCCUGCUAGCAAAGGUUUGGGGCAUAUACCACGAGCUACAGAGAAAGGCCUUGUUUCAGAGCCUCUUCUCCAGCCACCUGGGAAAGCAGUAGCACCUUCAGAGCACCCUUGGCAAGCUGUUAAGUCACUCACCCAGGCCAGACUUCUCUCUCCACCUCCUGCUAAGGCUUUUUUAUACGAACCAGCCACUCAAGCCUCAGGAAGACCUUCUGCAGGGGCUGAGCAGACUACUGGGUCGCCCAGCCGAGUGCCUGGCUUGACGAAGCAGGUGAAGCAACUGUCUAGAGGCCAGCAGUUGUCUGGGUUUGCUGCCAGGAGUGGGCCGUCCUUCAGGUCUCUUGGAAAGGCCCCAGCUUCCCUAUCUAUUGAAGAAAAGAAAUUGGCAACCACAGAACAGAGUCCCUGGGGCCUGGGAAAAGCUUCACCAGGGGCAGGGCUAUGGCCCAUAGUGGCUGGACAGACACUAGCCCAGUCUUGUUGGUCUGCUGGGGGCACACAGACAUUGGCACAAACUUGCUGGUCCCUUGGAAGAGGGCAAGACCCCAAAACAGAGCAAAAUUCACUUCAAGCUCUUAACCAGGCUCCUAGUCACAAACGUGCAGAGUCAGAACAGAAAUAAUACCCAUAAAUGUCACAUAACCAGACAAGCUAUCCCUGGGUACCAUUUGGGAAGAGAAAUGGUUAUUUCUUUUUCCCUCUUGAAAAACAGACAUACUCCAACACUUCCACUGUUAUCCUUUCCUUAUAUCUGAACACUCAGAACUCUUGUGACAUUAGCCCAUGGAGGCUUGUGGUUGUGUGAACCAUGUAUGGAAAUCCGUUGGGCCCUAGUCAAGGAGACAGACAGACUUGAGUCUCUUUGCCCCAACUUUUACUUAUGGUCAACUUAAAAUAAAAAGUCCACUCUGGAGUCAAGCAUGGAAUUCAAUUCCGCUGGUUAAGUUGGAAAGUUUAGGUGCUCUCAAAGCUAUUUCCCCCACUCAGCAGAGCCCCAUUGAGGAUACCUGGUGUAAAAUUAGCUCUGAUUUGCAUUCAAAUCAGAGGCAGUUUUGGAGCAUUGAUAUGUUAUUAGGUCAGGCGGCUAAUCACUGGUGGAAAAUAGAUACAUAAGGCAUGAUGCCGCAUGGGUCCACAGGUUGUUUUCAAGGACCUCAGACCAGGAAAGAACAGGAAGUACUGAAGCACCUUGGAUUUUCAGACUCGUUUUUAGGUGUUUCUGGUUAUUUUUUCUUUUCUUUUUUUAAUAGCACCAAAAGUGGCUGUAUUGCACAAGUGUCUACUGGUUGGUACAUGCAUGUGUGUGCAUGCAUGUACCUGCAAAGCUCUCCUCUGUAGGUAGCAGGGCACUACGCCAAGGUCAAGGAGAGCUGUUGCCUGAGGCAACUGCGGCUGUGUCAGUCUGUGCCGGAGGUAUGUCCUUGGAAGAGCAUCAUCUGCUUAGAGAAUGCUAGUUCCUGAGCAUGUGGCAUACCAGCAGUGGGUAAGGUCAAUUGGCAAGUUUACCCUACUUUUGUACCAAUUAUCUUCUUACAUGAACCCACUCCACCCACAUUUCCUCAGACACUCAGGUGCUUUCAGAUUUCGGUCUUGGGCAGUUGACAUAGGGAAUUUCUGGUAAUCUCCUAACUUGCCACACCAUUCAGGAAGAAUGCCAGGUCUAAUGGGAAAUUCUGGUUCUGUACUAUUCUAACUGAAAGGAAGGUGCUCUCUUCUUCACCUCCCUGAGGAUUACCAUGCUCUCCAUUGAGAGUACCUGCCUGGUAACUUAGAUCCUAAAACUCGAGAUGUGGCUUUUGGAGUAAUGUCCAGUCUGCGAUGAUUCCUCACAACUGCUGAUUAUCUGUUACUGCUGCCCUGAGCUCGGGGCCCAAGGGCUGGGAAAUCUGUUGGUGCUACCCUGCCCUACCUAUCCCCAGCUCACCAACUGCCAACAGGAAGUGCUGUUUGGCCAGUUCCUUUACACCCCCCAUCCUUUGUCCUUAGACCAAAUGUGUUUACCUGUCUGCUUUGCCAACUUAGCCAGCCGGCAUCUUUAGCCAACAAGCAACAUCUCUUGGUUUGUCUCCGUUACAGCUUCAACAGGAUUCUGUAUUUGUCCCAUUUCCUCCUUCAGAGUUCCUGUUGAGGUUAAUUCCCAUCACCUCAGUGGGAGGAAUGGCUGUUAUAGAAGCAUUUGCGCUUUAUAUAAAAAUUUAAAGUAGAUAUGCUUUUAUUUCCCAAAGUCAGUCUCUGAGGUUAAGACUCUUGAACCCAGGCAGAGAGAUGAGGCUGGGGUAGGACUAUCCCAAGUUUGGGGGCCUAUCCCUGUACUUCACUGAGACCUCAGAAUCUCCUGUGAAUUCCUCCUGCCUAGUUCUCCCUUUUCAUCUUCUCUCUUCCCACAUCAUCACAAAGGAAAAGUCCCUUGUCAAAAGGAAGAGGGAACAAAGCAUCUUAUUUUCUUUUAAAAAGGAUUUUAAAUCGUGAAAAAGAUAUUUUUAAAGAAACUUCACCCUGAACAUUAAAGUUUGCUAUAUUAAGUAUUUAUCAUGUGUGAGAAUAAUAAGUAUAUAACUGCAGCUAGUAGGCCCCUCCCUGAUUUCUUAGGUGUGUGAGUAGGUUUGCUUGGUGCCAGUCCUGUGCCCUUUGCUCUCCUGUCAUCUGUAGUUGUGAUCAAAAAAAGGUUAUCUGCGCUGCACUGUCAGUGUCUCCUUUCACUGUUGUGUGUCGGAUUACAGUAGCUCUUUGGUUCAUUAAAUAAACUGUGAAUUGGGGGAGGGGGGUGCCAGCUAUGUAAACAUGUUAAGUGGAGAAGCUUGGUCCAGAAAUAGCUUCUCUAAUGUAGGCUUCAGUAGGUGUAAUUGGUUUUGAUGGCUGCCUAGCUGUGUCUCACAGGACAGGAGGGAGUGAGGGAUAGGGGGCCAUGAUUGGCCAUUUUGUGGUUUCGUUUUCUUUCCAUUCACUACCAUUCACUGGAGGCUUCAUCCAGACCUUCCUGGGGAAAAAUAAAAAACACGUGAGCAUUGUACUUGGUUUUGGGGGGGGAGCAGUUCUUCUAAUGGUAAACAAGCAGAAUUCUAUCCAGGACUACUGAAAGACUCAGGUUGAAUGGAAACUAGUGAUUUGAACUAUGGAAUCCAUUGAUGGCAGCAUUUGAGCAGCCACUCUUCAUUGAGAAGGGGUGACCUUGCAGCCCCUCCAGAACCUGUAAUGAAACUCUUCUUCAAGGAGGUGUGACUUUGUCAGCAAAGGAAUUCUAAAAAAUUCUGAUUCAGGAUGGUAUUCUGAUGUUGGCAUUUGGAAAUUAGGAUCUCAAGUCUGCCCACAAGACAGCUCCUAAGAAGGUGUUUUCCCAUUUUGCCAAAGGCAAAAGUGCUCCAUAGGUUACUAAUACCUCUGUUAGGAAUUUGUGUCCAAAGCCUCAUUUGCUCCUCCUGCUUGAAACCACCCAUUCUAAUUGAAAACAGCUCUCAUUUACAAAGGCAUCCAUGGUUUUAGAUGUCUGCUUCCCUCUAAAGUUCCUGAGAUGAUUUAAGUCAGUGUUGAGAUUUUUUUUAUUUUAACCAAUUUCACAUCUUUGAUAUUGGCUUAAAAUUAUUUCAUUCAUAUCCUCCACCCUCACCGUAUGGUCAGGGCAUGAAGUAUAGACAUUCAUGAUCCUGUCCAAUCCAGUACUGCCUGCUCACAGAAGUUAGAAUCCCAGGUUGUAUUCCAGUGUUACCCAAGAGAACCCAAGAGCAGCUUCCCCAUGGGGAACAAUCAGGAGAGCACUAAACUUGAUGAAUUUUUACCUCCACCUCCUGUACAGUAAAUUAUCAUCCUCUUGGGGUUAGCUAUCAGGUCAGAGGAGCCCACAUCCUGACCUCCAAGAGGCCAGCAGGGAAAGAGCGGCCUCUAUCCCUUUUCCUGCUGUUAAAUUGAGCUUAAGACAUGCCGGGUCACUUACAGCUUGGGGAGCUGCUGCAAGAGCUUUGAUCGGCUGUGGCCAGUAGCUCUCAGCUGCACCUCCUAGGCCAGUGCAGAGGAUGGUGUAGUAUAAAUUGAUGUUUGAAUAAUUGCUUUGUACACAAAACAUUGUAAUGAUGGUGCUAAUCUCAUGGUAUAAAUAAAGCACUGCCAAGGGUUGAGGGACUGGUGGCUCAAGAACCCCAGGUUCCUGUUUGAGAGGAAGAGAUUUUCUGCAGAAAGAUUCCUUUAAGCUCUGUGUCAGGUAGGAAGAAGGCAGAGCUUCAGUGAAGCCUGCACCCAACUCUGGAGUAGUUCAGUGCAAUUCAGAGGUGGAUGAGAUCCCACAUCCUGAUGAUGGUUGUGGCCUCUUGAGAUAUUCAGGGCUAGGACUGCCUCGUCCUCAGCCUCUGUCCACAUUGCCUCAAACAGGUCGGCACAGAGCUAGGCACGGGGUCUUUGUUACCUUCUGCCCUCCACCUCUUCCACUCUCACAGGAGCAUCUCUGUUGCUUUAUGAAGGCUAAGGGUAAUAUUUCUUAAGGAAGUGGAGAGUUUAUUUUAAUUAGAAACCCACAACCUCAAAAAAUGUUUCCUUAUCAACAUUAGCAAAAAAACAGCACAUGUAAAACUGUUCUGUGGCCGCUACCUAGAGCUGCUGUCCUUUGACUUUCAGACCCUCAGUCUACUGAAGGGCCCUAGCUAGUACCUGGUAGUCUAGUACAGCUCCACAGACAGAGAUGGGCACAGGGAGCAGAGCAGAGACCUAGCGUCCUGGUGUCCUAGGCUUCCAGGGCAGGCAGAGCAGGUGGUCUCUGGGCCAAGGGAGCUGCCUUGUGUGUGUGGGUGAGUGAGUGCAGCACAUGAGCGAGCAGCCGUCUAGGUCUUGGCAAAGAACAAGCUGACAAGAGCUCUAUAUAUUUUUAAGAAAGGGGGUGGGCUCAGCCAAGGUCCAUCACUGUUUCCCUACCCCCCCCCCAGACUGUCAGCUAGAAGUGAACCUCCUAGUGAAAGAAGGGAGCCCUGUGCUAGGUGUUCCCAUAAACAUGUACUGUAAUUCUUUGUAUAUAGAAAAAAAUUACUGUAAAGUAAAGUUUAACUUUACUCUUA